AUGUUCUGGAUAGCCUCAGAAGGGAGAUCCUUGCCAGAAGAAAUGAGGGGCCCGAGGUUGAUGCAGCAGCUUCGAGAACGUGCAGGAAAGAUUGUCCAGCACUUGACAGUCGAGGAGGUGUCAUCUUCGAGGGGCAUCGAAAUCAUCAAGAAUGUCAUGGAGAAGUCUCCGAUCAUCAAGUUGCUGGACCAGAAGAAGAUUGAUCAACGGCGACAAAAAUUCAUGAAGCUUUCCCGGUUGCCUCAGGAGUCAUUAGAGUCCUUCAUCAACCGGGUGGAGAUCUACCGCCGGGAGAACCAAUCGAGCCCGGCGUAUCAGGUUGGUUCCCAAUUCUAUGUGGGGCACCUCAUGGAUGCAGCAAAGCUGACCAAGAGAGACCAGGCGCUGAUCAAAGCUGCCUGUGGAGGCACCUUGGAAGAUGAAAACUUGGUUACAAAUGCCAUCAUCGACCUGGCCGACCAGUUGGAGGGCAUCCAUGGAUGCCCUAUCGGCAGAGGAGAGCCGACACUGGACCAUGAGGACAAAUACCUUGUCCAAAAGGCUGGGGUGCGAAGGAAGAAACGGUUUUUUGGACGCCGGAGAUUCCGAGACACUUUGAUGGCAAUCUUGGAGGACGAUGAGAACUUGGAAGAAGAUGGAGAUGAAGACGCCAUCUUGGAAGGCAUGGGAGAAGAGUCAAUGGAUGAGGACGAAGAGGACAUGACCUUUUUUGGAGGAAAGAUCUUUGCGCAGGAAUACAAGGCCCGAAACCGAGUCAGAGAGAUCAAGAAGAUGCGGCAGUACUUCCAAAAGGAGGCCAAUGGUGGUGGUGGCAACACAAGGGACCGGGAACAGGUUCGCAAAUGGGUGAAGGAGCAGCAGAAGACCGAGCCCUGCUUCAUUUGCAGGCAAUUGGGGCAUUGGUCACAGGAGUACCCGUAUCGGAACAAAGCUCCGGUGCAUGCCUCGAAUGUGACCUUCCCGGUGGCAAUGGCACAGUCGGAAUCGGACUGGGCCUAUUUGAAGGCAUGUGUGCAGUCCGAUGCGCAGUACAAAGGGAGCAUGAGACCUCAGCCUGGCCACUUUCCUUCAUGUCAGUUCAUGGUUGAGACCCCGAAUGAAAUACAUGACAUUUGUUGGUCACUCACCGAAUUGGGGGACAAGAUGAUUUUGGAUUUGGGAUGCAUGAAGACAGUGGCGGGCACGGCUUGGGUCAACCCGGUGGUCAAGAGAUGGAAGGAAGAAGGUCAUUUUGUCAAAGUUGUUCCGGAAUCUGAAUCUUUUCGUUUUGGGGAUGGUCAUGUCAAUCAAAGUCGUUUUGCAAUCAUUUUGCAUGUGUCCAUUGCCACGAUCCCUUGCCUACUUCGUAUUUCAGUGGUUGCUGGAAGUUGUCCUCCAUUAUUAUCGAAACCUGUGUGUUCUGCAUUGGGGUUGGUCGUUGACACAGCAUCGCAUACAAUUUCAUCACGGAAACAUCAUGUCAAGGCAUUUGGAUUGUAUCAGUCUCGUGGGGGUCACUACACCAUCAAGAUUGAUGACAUUGAACACUUGCAAGAAGUCCCACAACAUGCAAUGCUGGAAUCUUACCGUGAAGUGAUGCCCCUGCAAAUUUCCAGUGGAUCAAGGCGCGUGAUGUUUGCUUCGCCUGACGAUCCCUCGGAUUCGGUCGACCGCAUCCCGAGCAAUGUCCCUGGCUCAGACGGAGGAUCUAUGGGAGACGGCCGGCCAAACGAUCUCAUCGGACGAGAUGCAGGCAGUGGAGGAGGAGGAUGUCAACAGACCCUCAACAACCAGGAAGGUUCGACAAACGACCAAGUUGAGGAGGCCGACAACUUCACCGGUUACCAGAACACAAGCGGCUCGAGCACAGGCCAGCACCAACCUGCAGCUUGCACAGAUGCAAGAGAUGCAAGCGCAGAUGCAACAGAUGUUCAUGCAGAUGCAGCACCUUGCAACUCAGCCUGCCGAGGAGGAGAUGCCCAAGGAGCCCAAGAAGUCGAGAGCCAAGUCGGCUUCCCGACCCAAGACAGCCAAGCAGGGCGCUCUGACACAUCCGCAGGCGGACUUUCCGACACUUUCCAACGUCUUCUCACACGACCUGACCUUCAACGUGAUGCGCUCACUGUGGACCCAGACAUUGACGUUCAAAUGGAAGUUGUUACUUCUGAUGUUGCGCAUCAAGGAGGCCGUGGAGUUCGAGGGCAAGAGACGUUGGAAGCGCAAUCCACGUUGGAUCCUACACAUGCACGGGCGCCAUCUGGCGUCGAUGUGGGGUCACAUCGGUUCGGCAAGACAGCUGUGCUUCAACCCCAAGGUUUAUCCGUUGGCAUUGGGACUGACGCCAGAGGAGGUGGUGGAGGAACCCGACGGACCUCGCCGCCGAAGCAAGAGUGCCUCCAGGAAAUGAUCAGUGAUCCCAAUGCGCCAACAGUGCGAGAACAGGAACGGAGAACACAAGACCGCAUUGAUUUGGUAUGUGCAGGUGAUCCUUCUGAUGGAGCGCGACACCGAGGUGUUGAAGAUGUUCCACAACAUGAUUCCGGAAAAGAUGUACUACAUUCGGAAGAAAGGAACAAUCCGGGAAAACACAAGAUCACCUUGAACCGAAGGCAAAAACGAUCAAUACAGAUUGGGGUGCAGAAGGCCUUGCGAACCCAUGCGAGGAUCUAUGAUGUCAUCAAGAUGAAGUACAAGAGAUGGUCGCUGAUGGAGAUCUUUGCAGGACGAGCCACUCUGUCGGAAAUGGCCCAUGAAACGGGAAGGUGGGAUGUACUACCACCUCAAGAUGUCCUGUAUGGCCUUGAUUUGACCAGCGAGGAACAUCAGCAGAUGCUCAAGGACGUGAUUGAUGCGCAGAAGCCCGAGGUCAUCACACUUUCGCCUCCGUGUGGUCCCUGGUCAUCUUGGCAGAGGAUGCGGAAGCGGAAGGACAUCCUGAGUGCUCUUCGGAGAGAACAUCUGCCGUUUUGGGAGUUUGUGCUGUGGGUGUGGUCGUACCAGACCACCAAUGGCCGCCUUGUGGUGCUUGAACAGCCGGCUCAGAGCGAUGCCCUGAAGAUGCCAUUGAUGAGCAGGAGGAAUCCAGUGCAUCAACAAGUGGUACACAUGUGUCGCAUGGGGCUGGUGGAUCAAGUGAGCGGCAAACCCCACAAGAAGCCCACAGCAAUUCAGAUGAACCAUCCAUGCAUUACCUCAACGGCAUUUCCGCCUAUGGAGUGUAACCAUCAGCCUGGAGAACAUGAACCAAUUGAAGGCAGUGUGCGCAUACAAGACCCGAAUGGCACAGAUAAAUGGAUCUCUAUUAGAAGGUCGACUUUGGCUUCAAGAUGGUCAGAAGAGUUUUGCAAUUGGUUGCUGACAGGUCUUGAAAGUGCGUUGGAGGAAUCGGCACAGCAGAUCGUGGUUCCUCUACAUGCCAAAGUACCACCAAACCGCAUUUGGGAGACGGUGCCGGCGGAAGUGGAGCCAACACCCGAAGGUCAAUUACGGCAACACAUGAGGAUGGUGGACAAUGGUACUCGAUAUGAAGACAUCAACUUCGCUGGUGGAGCUGCUUUGCUACAUCGGACUAUCAGAUCAACUUUGGCUCACCUGCAUGUGUCGUUGGGACACAUCUCCAACGAGAAGUUGCAGAGGAUGCUUCAACUCAAUGGAGCCCAGAAGGAGAUCAUAGAGGCGGUCAAGCAGCUCCAGUGUCAAAUAUGGGCUCAGGUGGUGCCGCCUAUGGCAAUUCCCAAGGCGGCAUUUCAAAGGCCUAUGGCAUUCAAUGAACGCAUUGUGGCUGACACGUUCUAUGUCUGGGAUGCCAACAAUGACAAAUAUGCGGUGACCCAUGUCCUGGACUCCUUCUCCCUGUACCAGAUUGCCUACCUGUUGGUCACGUUUGCUGUUUUUCAUGAUGUGGUCCCACCAUCGGCUCAUUGGCGCAUGGCAUUGGCUGAGCGUCAUGGGGCAGUCUUGAAGGUCCUGCUGAUGAAGGUCAUCAAGGAGACAACGGUGGUGGGGCUGGAGGACUUGAAGCAGGCUGUGGUGUCGGUCACAGCUUCAAGGAACAGACAAGCAAGAGUCUCCGGAUUUUCUCCGAUUCAAUUGGUAUUUGGAAAAGAAUGUGGUGCACCCAACAACUUGAUGGACACCCUUGCCGGUCACAUGAAGUUCCAGCUUUCACAACCCUCGACAGUGGAUGAAUCAUUUCAGAGAGCUUCACAGAUCAGAAAGGCGGCAACGGAAGCCUUUCAAUGGAUGGAAGCCAAUGAGGUGUUGCGGAGGGCGGCAGGCUCGAGAUCGAGGCUGCCAAAACUGGAGCUCAUCACUGAGGGCGCACAGGUGAUGUUCUAUGAGCCACCGGCCAACCGGAGAGGACUGGCCAGACGGAUGCAAGAUAACAUCUCCUGGGUGGGCCCUGCAGUGGUGGUGGCGGUGGAGAGGAAGGAUGGAGCAGUCAAGCGAGUGUGGCUGCGUUAUCAGAACAAGCUCAAAGGCAUGCCUUUGGAAUUCAUCAGGUUAGCAGUGGUGGAAGAACAGGAGGCAGCCAACAUCGCCCGUGAAGCUCUGGAAGAGCUGGAGAAACAAUUGGAAUCUGGCAGGGAGCAGACGGCCCCGGUGUCGCAGGAGACUCUACAGAAGUCGACGUCCAAUUUGGAUGAUGUGCCCAUCUCCAUCCACAAGAAAGAGGUCCCGAUGGUCGACCCUGGUUUUCAUCGACCUUUUCUUCAUCCAUCUUCCAGACAACAGAAGAAACCGAGGACGGAGGGGAGUCACAGAGACCCAGCAUUUGGCACGUUCUCUGAAAGGAGGGCUGUGUUCGAUGAGGCCAUGUCAAAGACGGAGAAGCAUCUGAAACUUAUGAAGGAGAAGCUACAACCGAAAUCGACAGACAUCGUGCUUCCGGGCAGUCAGUCCGUCUUCAGUGUGGCCAUACCCAAUCCAGAUCCACCGUACAUUGAUGUUUGGAAAUUCUACAAUCCCGAGUACUCAGAUUCAGAUGAGAGCUUCGCAGAGGCAUUGGCGGUGUCGAUUGACAAUAAUGUACUGGCAGCUUUGCAUGCUGUGCCAACAACAGCGUUGCAGACUCCAGCAUUUGACAUGCCAUCGGACUUUGAGGAGGAUGAUGUGAUGGCAGUUGAGAGGUCUGCUCUUCAUCGAGACAAUAGGAUGGUGUAUCCUCAGGGAUUGGACGUUACGAUGCAGCCUGUGCCAGCCACGCCUCAGACAAGGCUGAAGCUGCCACCCAACCUGGAGCCAAUGUUCAGGAACGUCCCUCCUAGGAUGAAAAGGCCUUUGACUCGGGAAGAGUCAUCACCAAUCCUCAAGAUGCAAGGACGAAAGCCGACACCGACAAUGGAUUAUUGGGUCUUGAGCAUUGAAGACGGAGAACUUUGUCGAGUACAUGUCCAACCUCGACUUCACAUGUUUGAUGUGCUUGAGUUCCAUAGAGAUACCCCGGAAUCCGAAAUGCCGGAAUCCAACCUCAAGUUGCCUGGGGGUAUUACAAAGGAAUGGAUCACUGGGGUGAGGGCAACUCAGAUCUACUACUUGCACAACCCUCUUCGAUGGGGACAGGCUAGACAAAUCAAUGCAUCGACAAAUCAGACGGAGGAUCCUUUUGGUCGAAGAACUCCUGGACAGAUGAUGAAUGAGUUUGUCCUCGACAACUUGAACUGGAGAGGGCAAGGUAUUCGACCAAGAUGGAACACUCAACAGGAUCUUCAGAGGCUCUGGCAAGGCAUUACACGAUUUCAGAUCCGAGAUCCGGAAGAUCCACCAGCAACUCUGCAGACAUGGAUGAGAGGCCGAUACUUCGCAGAAGAGAUGUGGCGAGAUGGACAACAUGCAGUAGAGGCUUUUGUCAGUCUUCGAGAUGCUGCAGGUUGGCCCAAUGAUUCUCUUCUCCGGCAUCGACUGGGUCCUCUGGAGAUGCCUGAAUCGACACAUCAUGGACUACGAGAGUUGAUUGAGACACCUGAAGAAAAGCAUGUUGAAGAUGUCUUGAAGCCCGAGACCGGAAAGGUGCGUUUGGAGCUUCGAUGGAAUGACUUGUCAGAAGCGUGGCAGAAGGCAUUUGAGAAACCGAUACUUGAGGCCUUGGAAGUGUACUUCAAACAUGACGCGUUGUCACCAGUCAUGGAGGACGAGGUGAUUGCACAUGAAGAAUUACUUCCAUCUCGAUUUGUCCUGGUCAACAAGAAUGACCCACGCAACACUCACCCUUCAGAUGAGGCCAUUGCUGAUGCAGUGCUGAAGGCGAGAUUGGUGAUUGCUGGACAUCGAGAUCAGCGAGCAGGAGAUUUUGAAACGGAAAGUCCUACAGCCAGUUUGCUGGCACACAAUGUCCUGUGCUUUUUGGCGGCACAAUGGAAGUGGAUCAUGGCCUUUUCAGACAUUUCCGCUGCCUUUCUGCAAGGAGAUUACCUACCAGCCGAACGUCGGGUCUUCAUCCAAACACCCAAGAACUACCCGAUGGAACUUCAGCUUUGCCCUGGACUGUUUUCAUUCUUUGGACAUGGCACGGAACUUCAAGCUCUUCUUGCAGUGCAUGUGGAUGACGUGAGAUUGGUGGCAUCUCCCGAACAUGCCGAGGAGAUGAGGAGAAGACUGGAUUCACUGUUCAGCUUUGGAGAGUGGAAACACCCUGAAGAGUGGACGAAGUUUUGUGGUCGAUGUGAGAAACAGCUCUCGGACGGCACGGUCCUGAUUCAGAUGGAUAAGUAUGCGGAGAGAUUGCUGGAUCCACCACAAAGGGCUUCUCCACAACAGAAGCAUCCACUGCAGCCGAAUGAAAAACGCUGGAUCGGCACCAUUGCUGGACAGUUGAACUGGAUGGCAAGGCAGUGCCGAGCAGAUUUGUCAUUUGGAGUCUCGAGAGUUCAACAGCUUGCAGGGGUGAACGACCCAGCAGCCCUUUCAGAACUCAAGAUUCUGCUUGAAAGAGCCCGACAACCAGUGACAAUCCGAUAUGAGGCAUUGGGCUGCGAGGUCAAGAACAUGAUCGUCCUGGCGAUAUCAGACGCCUCCUUUGCUGGAAUGCCGAGGGGAAGAUCACAGGGUGGACUGGCCAUUGCAUUUGCCAAUCCGGAGAUACUUCAUGGACAGGCGAAGAUGGCCAUAGUGGCACAUCACUCGGGGCUCUUGAAAAGAGUAGUCCGAUCGAGUCUUGCAGCCGAGAUCUCACAAGCGGCCUCAACCAUGGAGGAAGCUGAUUUUGUACGAGCACUUCUGGCAGAGGCAAUUCGACCCGACUUCAGGCUCAACAGUUGGUUGCCAACAGCGGCACAGUGGAAACUGGUUCUGGUGAUGGAUUCCAGAACUGGCUACGACUUGCUCAAUGGCACGGCAUUGGGAGAGGACAAGAGGCUGGCUAUCGACAUCGCGGCCAUGAAACAGGCACUGGCCGAAGAUGGGGGCAGCCGAUUGGUCCGAUGGGUUCCUGGUGAGGAGCUUCUAUCAGAUAAUUUGACAAAGCUCGUGGGGAACCAGAAACUGAUGCGUGCUAUGGCUACGGCACUAUGGGCCCUGAAGGACACGGAGGUGGCAAAGAAGAUAAGGGCCGAUGCUGCAGCUAGAAAACGGACUUACCGCCAAAGAGUGGCUGCCGACAGAACUCAGGCAGAGUCCGUGCGGUCACGCUGA